ACACACACACACACUAGUUUACAAAUACGCAUGCACACGUAUAUGGGUAAAAUGUAUUUUGUUUCCACGAAAUUACAUAAUGAUACACUCAAGCCACACCAUGUCUCGUACUAUUGUAAAAGUGGCAAUUCAUAGCUAUAAACUUUGUGAAAAAACAAACAAACAGACAAACCAAAACACCAAAGUGUUAAUUGUGAGUCAACAAAACUGUCCUUGUAGGUCUUAAAACGAGGUCAUUCUCGGCCUCAACCCGCGUGGUAGAAUAUCCCGUUUGUCAAGGAUAAAAAUAGAAAACAUAAGGACCGGCUAUGUUCAAUGAUCGCUCUAGAUAACCUGAUAAGGUUACUAAGAUAUUUCGAGAUCAGGAUACACACAAUGGGAUAAUUUCUAAUAACAUACCAACGCGGAAAGUCUGCGUUACUAUAAUACACUGCUACAGGUGAGAUAUAAAAAAGGUGUAUCGGUGUCAUCACCUACAACACGACGAUCGUCCAGUUACAUGUAGGUUAAAUCAUAGAUUCAUGAUCUCCAUGGAUACCCUGCAUUCCUUGCUACUCUUAGUCAUCACUGCCUCUGGUGUCUCAACGCUAAAAUAUACUGUUGUCAACACAACGCUUGGAAGAAUGCGUGGAUUUCAGGAAACCAUUCUCAAUAAAACUAUGGACGUUUUUUACGGGAUUCCGUUCGCAAAACCGCCCAUCGGCGAUCUGAGGUUCAGGCGUCCCGAGGGACUUCCUCCAUGGGGUGACUGCAUCAAGGAUAUGCUGGAAACGAAGGCCUCCUGUUUACAGCCACCCAUCCAGUCUCUACAACCACCCACUUCUUAUUUCGCGGACGCAGAAAAUCUGCGAGUGGAUACGUCCAACAAGAGCGAGGACUGUCUCUACUUGAAUAUGUGGGCUCCUCAUUCAGCUGGAAACAAAAUGGCCACUUUGGUAUGGAUACACGGCGGCGCGUUUUACUCCGGGUCAACUAAUGUCAAGAUGUAUGACGGGACGUAUUUAGCCGCUGCUAAUGACGUCAUAGUCGUGACGUUAAAUUACCGCCUGGGCCCGUUCGGGUUUCUUUACACUGGAAGUGACGAUGCCCCUGGAAACCAGGGCUUGCUGGAUCAGACCGCGGCCUUGAAGUGGAUUCACUCCAACAUAUAACAGUUUGGCGGGAACAGGAAUAAAAUCACCUUAUUUGGCGAAAGCGCUGGAUCCGUUAUGGUCAACCACCAUCUUUUCUCUCCCCUUUCACGUAAUUACUUCACGUCCGCCAUAAUGGAAAGUGGAUCAACUUUGGCAGAAUUUGUCAUCGCCAACCCGUCUGUGGCGAAAAAAGAAGCAACGAAGUUGGCCACGCUUGUUGGAUGUAAGAAGCAGACGACAGAACAGGAAGUUGCGUCAUGUCUAAGACGGACUGACCCGAGGCUAAUUAUCAAAAAUAUGUUCGCCGCCUCCUCCUCGCCGUUUCCAUUCGCACCAACAGUGGAUGGCCAGUUUCUUCCAGAUCACCCGAGAGCAAUGCUGAAGCGCGGCAAUAUAAAGAAUGCCAGCGUCAUACUUGGAGAUAAUAAGAACGAAGGAAACUUUUACUUACCUUUUCUUCUAAAACAAUAUUUCAACUUUAGUGAUACGACUCUUUCUGUGAACAGGUCUGCGUUUAUGGCAGCCAUAAACUUGUGGUCAUCGUUCGUUGGCGGAGGGGACACCGUUAAAGAACUGCUCAUUGCAGAAUAUGAGCUCUCCAUUGUUCCAUCUCUGCGACCUUCGUAUUUGACCUUGUCUGGUGACGUCUACAACGACAUGAGGUAUACUUGCCCUAACAGUGACUUUGCGUCACAGCACGUAACCCUUGGCAACGACAUCUAUAUGUAUUCGUUUGAACAUAGGAUUUCGACUUCGCCUUUCCCAGAAUGGACCGGAGUGAUGCACAUUUACGAACUGGAGCUGGUGUUCGGACACCCGUUAAACAUGAGUCGCGGGUUCUCGGAGGAGGAUAAGAAAAUCAGUGAGGACAUGAUGACGUUUUGGACAAACUUCGCAAAAACGGGCAAUCCGAAUGGAAUGACUGGCGACGUGAGAUGGCCUACAUAUGACAGAGACAGUGAGACGUAUAUCGUACUGGACAAAGACAUGCUGACGAAGAAAGGUCUGCGACACAGGCAGUGUACCUUGUGGCUUCACACCAUUCCUUUCAUACUAGCUGAACAAAGAAAAGACGUGACAACAGACAAACCAUGCAUUACUAAUGGCGGCCAGACGCCACGCCCUUCCGUUAUCGCCAUGGUUACGCUUUUGUAUAUGUGUGUGUCAAUGUUGGUGUAACGGAAUUUCAACUUUUGUGAAAACCAGAGUAUGGCAUCGUCAAUAGAUUAAUAACACAGAGCAGUGGCGGAUUCAGAAAGUCUAUUUAGGAGGGGGGCGGGGCGGACAUGAGGCGGAAUGCCAAGGGAACUUUGGGGGAGGUUUGGAGAGGGAUCGUAACAAAAUGGAAAUUAAUAUAAUAAAAUUAUAACUGCCCCCCCUCCCCCGAUCUGCCUCUGCAAGGUAUAUUCAAAACGUUUUUAAUCACAUAUGUUUGUUUGUUUGUAUAGUUUUGUUAUGACUAAUAUCACUGGCGUAUUUUAAUAUGACUAAUAUCACUGGUGGGAGCAUCCCUCAAUCAUACCACAUAUCCACCACCACCUGUUAUAUUUGCCUGUCCCCAUAAAAAACGAUUCGUACACUGCGUGGAUGUCCCUCAUGAUAUGUGUAGCAUGUGUGAAAUUUAGUAUUUAUCAAACGUUUUGGAACUUCCGGGGAAAUAUGCUAAAAAAAUUGAUACCUUGAUUUUUAAUAAACUUCAUUUGGAGCUAGAGAAAACAUUAAAUCAAAAGAGAA